AUGUUUGGUGAUACGAAUUGGCCGGAGGCGAAUUUCGAGGAAGUCGUUGUGCCGAUCAUUGGAGGAAUUCUAGUCACCCUGCAGGGUUUCCUCAUUUUGUUUCUCGUCCGAUUAUACUUUUCGCCGUUCGCUGAGCCGAGGCAUGGAAAUAUGAUUCGAAUGUCGACGGAAGUCGGACAUACUGGAGCUCCCGUGUUACCAGGGACCAUGAUGAGUCUAGUUGAGCUGCAAGACGUGUGCUACACUCGCGCUUAUAAGCACAGAGGCUUCGAAUUGACGGAAAAUGAUAUUUCGUUGCUCGGCAAUGAGAAGGACGGUGAUAUAAAUUAUGUGAAAGACCUUGCGCACUUCGACGCGGACCCGCGAAUCAAUUUCGGCACGAUUUUGGCGAAAAAGUUGUCGAUAAGCUCGGAUUUUCGCGAGAAGAGCAGCACAAUGAACACGCUGAACACGACGGAAAAAAAGUUGGCGAGAAGUUUGUGGAAACGCGGAGCGACGAUAUCGUACUCGCAGGAUGCCGAGGCGUUUGUGCGACAGCCGCUGAAGCGCAAAAAUAAGGAAUCGGGCAGAAAGAAGGGAAUGAAAGGUCUUGAAAAAUUGGCGCGCGAGAUGUCCGAAGGCGACGAAUCGCGAAAUACGUCGAAGGGUUCGAAAGGACGGUAUAAUCGGUCAAAAGGAAGGGCGAGUAAACGGGCAUCGAAGAAAACUGAGAAGAAGGCGACGAAAAAUCGAUCGAAAAUUAAUGUCAAACACAGUGCGAAAAUUACGAAAAAGAAGAAGAAAAUGGAGCCGGAGGAUAUUGUCUACGAUUGA